CCGAGCGAACUUCCCCGCGGCGCUCCGUCAUGGAGCCUCCCGGGAUGGACUAUUUCUGCGCCCAGGUGCAGCAGAAGGACGUGGGCCGCAGGCUGCAGGUCGGCCAGGAGCUACUGGAGUACCUGGGCGACCCCGCCCGCUCCCCCGACGUGGAGCAGGAUCAGCAGCGCCUCGACAAAGUGAUCGACGAGCUGGCGGCCUGGGUCAACUCCAGCAACUUUAAGGUGGCGUUACUGGGAUUAGAUGUUUUAGGUGCCUUUGUCCACAGACUAUCAGGACGCUUUAAAUCCUACAUAGGAACCGUUCUCCUGCCUUUAAUAGAUCGUAUGGGAGAUGCCAAAGAUCAAGUUCGAGAGCAAGCACAGAAUCUCAUACUGAAGUUGAUGGAGGAGGCAGCACCGCCCAUGUACAUUUGGGAACGCCUUGCUGUUGGUUUUAAACACAAGAAUUACCGAUCCCGAGAAGGAGUGUGUUUGUGUCUUAUUGCAACCUUAAACAUUUACGGUGCCCAACCAUUAAGUCUCAACAAGUUAGUACCACAUCUGUGUGCAGCAUUUGGUGACUCAAACAGUCAGGUGAGAGAUGCUGCCAUUCUAGCUAUUGUGGAGGUGUAUAGACAUGUGGGAGAGAAAGUACGACUAGAUCUUUCAAAAAGAGGAAUUCCUUCUGGAAGGUUGCAAACAAUCUUUACAAAAUUUGAUGAAGUGAGAGACUCUGGAAAUAUGAUUUUAAGUAACAUCAGUGACAAAAGCUUCGAUGAUGAAGAGUCGGUGGAUGGAAAUAGGCCAUCAUCAGCUGCUUCAGCCUUCAAGAUUCCUGCACCUAAAAAGCCAGGAAAUCCUUCCAACAGUGCAAGGAAGCCGGGUUCUGCUGGUGGGCCAAAGGUUGGAGGUUCCUCUAAAGAAGGGGGAGCUGGAGCUGUGGAUGAAGAUGAUUUUAUUAAGGCAUUUACAGAUGUUCCUACUGUACAGAUCUAUUCUAGUCGAGAACUUGAAGAAACAUUGAACAAAAUCAGGGAAAUCCUCUCAGAUGACAAACAUGAUUGGGAUCAACGAACCAAUGCGCUCAAGAAAGUUCGGUCGUUGCUUGUUGCUGGGGCUGCACAAUAUGAUGGGUUUUUCCAGCAUUUACGGUUGUUGGAUGGUGCGUUCAAGCUGUCAGCCAAGGAUCUGAGAUCCCAGGUGGUUAGAGAAGCAUGUAUUACUGUAGCCCAUCUUUCAACUGUUCUGGGAAACAAGUUUGAUCAUGGCGCUGAAGCUAUUGUGCCUACUCUUUUUAAUCUGGUUCCCAACAGCGCCAAAGUGAUGGCAACUUCUGGGUGUGCAGCCAUUAGAUUCAUUAUUCGGCAUACCCACGUGCCCCGACUCAUACCUUUAAUAACAAGCAACUGUACCUCAAAAUCGGUUGCAGUUAGAAGGCGCUCCUUUGAAUUUUUAGACCUGUUAUUACAAGAGUGGCAAACGCAUUCAUUGGAAAGGCAUGCAGCUGUCUUAGUUGAAACGAUCAAGAAGGGCAUUCAUGAUGCUGAUGCAGAAGCAAGAGUGGAGGCAAGGAAGGCUUAUUUGGGUCUUAGAAAUCACUUUCCUAGUGAAGCAGAGACUCUGUACAAUUCUCUUGAGCCACCUUAUCAAAGAAGCCUCCAGACAUACUUGAAGAAUUCUGGCAGUAUAGCAUCUCUCCCUCAGUCAGACAGGUCAUCUUCUAGCUCACAGGAGAGCCUCAAUCGUCCUCUAUCUUCUAAAUGGUCUGCAGCCAGCCCAGCCAGCUUUGCAGGCAGGGUUUCGGGCAGCAGCAAGAGUGUUCCAAGCCCAGGAACUCUGCAAAGGUCUCGCAGUGACAUUGAUGUUAAUGCUGCUGCAGGGGCAAAGGCCCGCCAUGCUUCUGGACAGACAGCUGGAGCUGGGCGCUUGUCAGCAGCUGGUCUGCCUCCAGGAUCCUAUGCUUCACUAGAGGAUACUUCUGACAAGAUGGAUGGAACAGCUUCUGAAGAUGGUCGUAUACGAACAAAGCUUUCAACACCUUCUGUUGGUAUUGGAAAUUCUAAAACAGAUUCCAGAGGGCGGAGUAGAACCAAAGUGGUCUCUCAGUCUCAGCCUGGCAGUAGAUCUGGAUCUCCUGGAAGAGUUUUGACAACAACUACGCUCUCCACUGUGAACACAGGUGUUCAGAGAGUAUUAGUGAACCCUGCCGCUGCGCAAAAACGAAGCAAAAUCCCAAGAAGUCAGGGAUGCAGUAGAGAAGCUAGUCCUUCUAGAUUGUCAGUAGCACGAGGCAGCCGCAUUCCUCGGCCUAGUGUGAGUCAGGGGUGCAGUCGGGAGGCCAGCCGCGAAAGUAGCAGGGACACGAGCCCUGUCCGCUCUUUUCCACCCCUUGCUUCCAGACAUCACUCCAGAUCCACUGGUGCCCUCUACGCUCCUGAUGCUUAUGGGGCUACAGGUACCAGCUUUGGAAUUAGUCAGUCGAGUAGAUUGUCAUCGUCAGUUAGUGCUAUGCGAGUUCUGAACACGGGUUCUGAUGUGGAAGAGGCAGUAGCAGAUGCUUUGAAGAAGCCUGUGCGAAGAAGAUACGAGUCUUACGGGAUGUACUCUGAUGAUGAUGCCAACAGUGAUGCAUCAAGUGCCUGUUCAGAAAGGUCCUACAGCUCUAGGAAUGGAAGCAUACCAACAUACAUGAGACAGACAGAAGAUGUGGCUGAAGUCCUAAAUCGCUGUGCUAGCUCCAACUGGUCAGAGAGAAAAGAAGGCCUUCUGGGCCUGCAAAAUUUAUUAAAGAACCAGAGAACUUUAAGUCGUGUUGAGUUGAAAAGGCUGUGUGAAAUCUUCACAAGAAUGUUUGCUGAUCCUCACAGUAAGAGAGUGUUCAGUAUGUUUUUGGAGACACUGGUGGACUUCAUCCAGGUCCAUAAAGAAGAUCUGCAGGACUGGCUAUUUGUACUGCUGACCCAGCUAUUGAAGAAAAUGGGCGCUGAUUUGCUUGGGUCUGUACAAGCAAAAGUUCAGAAGGCACUUGAUGUCACAAGGGAAUCAUUUCCAAAUGAUCUUCAGUUCAGUAUUUUAAUGAGAUUUACUGUUGACCAGACCCAAACACCUAGUUUGAAGGUAAAAGUUGCAAUUCUUAAAUAUAUAGAGACUCUCGCACAGCAGAUGGAUCCAGGAGAUUUUGUAAAUUCAAGUGAAACUAGGUUAGCAGUGUCUCGAAUCAUCACCUGGACCACAGAACCUAAAAGCUCAGAUGUUAGGAAGGCUGCACAGUCAGUACUGAUUUCCCUUUUUGAACUAAAUACUCCCGAGUUUACAAUGCUGCUGGGUGCUUUACCAAAAACAUUUCAGGAUGGAGCAACAAAGCUUCUUCAUAAUCAUCUCCGAAAUACAGGCAACAGUGGUCAGGGUUCAAUGGGAAGUCCUUUGACAAGGCCUACUCCGCGCUCCCCAGCAAGCUGGUCAAGUCCUCUCACUUCCCCAACCAAUACAUCGCAGAACACUUUGUCACCAAGUGCAUUUGACUAUGAUACAGAAAAUAUGAAUUCUGAAGAUAUUUACAGUUCUCUUCGUGGAGUCACUGAAGCCAUUCAGAAUUUCAGUUUCCGUAGUCAAGAAGAUAUGAAUGAACCUGUGAAACGGGAUUCAAAAAAAGAUGAUAUUGAUUCAAUCGGCAGUGCUUCUGGAAUAGUAGACCUACGAGCAGGAAGUGGUGUGAGUGAUACAGGCCGAACAGCUCUUGAUAACAAAACAUCACUACUCAACACAAUGCCUCCUCACUCUUCACCACGCUCACGAGAUUAUAACCCAUACAAUUAUUCUGAUAGUUCAUUUAAUAAAUCAGCUUUGAAGGAAGCCAUGUUUGAUGAUGAUGCAGAGCAAUUUCCUGAUGAGCCUCCCAUGGAUCAUUCUGAUCUAGUUGCAGAGUUACUAAAAGAGUUAUCAAACCAUAACGAGAGAGUUGAGGAAAGAAAGGCUGCCCUCUAUGAGCUCAUGAAGUUAACUCAAGAAGAGUCUUUUGGUGUUUGGGAUGAGCACUUCAAAACAAUACUGCUUUUGCUGCUUGAAACACUUGGAGACAAAGAGCAUGCAAUUAGAGCUUUGGCCUUGAAAGUUCUAAGAGAAAUCCUAAGAAAUCAGCCAGCGAGGUUUAAGAAUUACGCAGAGCUCACAAUAAUGAAGACAUUAGAAGCACAUAAGGAUCCUCAUAAGGAGGUGGUGAGAUCUGCUGAAGAAGCUGCUUCUAUGCUGGCCACUUCCAUUAGCCCAGAUCAGUGCAUCAAAGUCCUUUGUCCAAUUAUCCAGACUGCAGAUUACCCCAUUAAUCUGGCUGCAAUCAAAAUGCAGACAAAAGUCAUAGAGAGAGUAUCUAAAGAAACUCUUACCCAGCUUUUACCGGAAAUUGUGCCAGGUUUAAUACAGGGUUAUGAUAAUUCAGAGAGCAGUGUUCGUAAGGCAUGUGUUUUCUGCCUUGUAGCCAUUCAUGCAGUAAUAGGUGAUGAACUAAAACCACAUCUCAGUCAACUCACUGGCAGUAAAAUGAAGUUAUUGAACCUUUACAUCAAGCGUGCACAAACAGGCUCUGGACCAGGGGAUACAACAGCAGAUAUGUCUGGACAAAGCUAAUGAAGCUGACGAGAAUUAACCAGCUCUCCUAAAGCAAGGGCAAAGCCCUCAUCAAGUGAAAGGAAAAUUCUUACACAAAAAUUUUGGAACUCUUGUUUCUUUUUCUUUUUUUCUGUUUUUUUCUUUUUUUUUUUUCCCUUAACCAAUGGCUAUCUUCAGCCUGCAUGUGACUGUUGCAAUAGAAUUAUUCCAAAUCUAAGGAAAAGCAGUAUUAACAUCAGCUGAUCAAAGCAAAAUAAAAUUUAAAAAUAACCUAAUUCAUCCGUUAUCCUGUUGCAAUCCUCUGUGUCUUCCCAUUAACUUUUGCCAGUGUUAUUGUAUUAAAAAAGAUUUUUUUAAUGCUAAUUAAACAGGUAUGCUUUAAGCUUCAGAAGUUAAAAUAUAAAUUCUGUUGCUUUUUCUCAGCUGCAGAUAACAUUGUUUUUAUUGCUAUUUUGUUUGAGUAUUGUGUCCUUCGCUAGAAACAAGAAGUGAUGUGAAACUAGGCAGAACUAGUCUGAACUGCAGUGAGACUCAGUCGCUGCUGGUGGUUCAUCAUCUUAUUUACAGCUUGUUUGGGAUAUUCCAGAGAUUGAGAAAUAUGCCUAUAAAAAAGCUGGAUCGAUCCAGUUCUGUAAAAGUGAUAUUGUUCAUUGGUUGUAUGUUUGUUGCAUAAAUAAGAAUUUAGUGUGCACAGCAGAGGACUGGUACAACCAGUACCUCUUAGUGUGGGAGACAGCCCUUUCAGGGUAGCACUGCCGACCUGGUGAUAGAGUGGCAGUCUGCUUUUAGCUGCAGAGUUAAUGGUCACUUGAUGGACGUGAACCAUCCUUGCCACCUUUCAUUCUUCAAGCAGGAUGCUUCAGAAUGGAGUGCUCUGCCCAAGCAUGCUCAGUAUGUAUUUAUCACUAGAAUGUUUCCUCUCAACCUAAUUGCUGGAACCAGUAGUCUUGUAUUGUAACUCACAUGGGAUUUUAUGACAACAGUGCAGAAAACUAUUUAUUCGUUAUCUUCCUACAAGCACCAAGAUUUUCUGCACUGAAUUUAAAUGGGGGGGGAGGGAAUAGUCACAAAUGCUAUCGAUCUUUCCACCUUCUAAUUUAAAAAAUUAUAUAUUUUGGAUGAGUUGGGAAAGCUGCACCGAACUGUUUGCAUGGUUUUCUUGAAUAGCAUCCUCAAGACCCAUCUGGAUUAAGGUGUGGAAAUGUUUCCAGGGUUUGUUUUUCCAUUUUGAAAAAGAGUUAGUUUAUUGUGAAUAAUGGUUCUUUGUAUUUAUGAACUUGAUAAUGGAAAGAGAAAAAAGAUCAAGUAAAUGUGUCCCUAAAUGUUCUCAUCUUUUUUUUUUUUUUUUUUUUUUUUUUUGUCUUUGAUAUAAACAACAAGUUAAUUAACUGAGAACUGGGAUAAGCAGCACCCUUCCCAGAAAUGGUGGGAACUCUUUUUCCCUAGCUUUUUUUUCCCUUUGAUUGUGGUGUUGUCUAGUUGUAGGAAGUAUAUCCUGAUAAGAGAGAAAAUUGUAGUGCCAAGGAUGAUGAUCGAUGCUAGGCUAAAAUUCUCUCUACCUCUUCAGGGUGACUAAUUUUUUGGCUGAGCUGCUGCAUAUAGCACCUGGUGGAAGAACUAGCUACAGAAAAUGUCUUUGUUUUUUUCCCAAAUUAUCACUUAAUGCAUAUUGAAAACUCUAUUCUUCAACACACAGCCAAAUAUUGCAAGAACUGUUUAUACACUUUACUUGCUAGGUACCCUGAAAAACGGAACUGAAUUAAAAAAAUGUCAGAUGCUUGUAGUUAAAUGAAAGGUUGUUUUCACUUUAGUUGGAAGUGAAUCCGAUAGAAAAGCUGAGAUGUUGUUGUUAAAGAAGCAAUGCCAUUACAGAGAUUUAUUUGGAGGAAAAGUUGUAGAAAUAUAUGUAAAGACUUCAAAUCAAGGCUGUCAUAACUUGUCACUAGCCCUUCUUAGCAGCUACAUCAGGAAAAUAGUAUCUCCUCUUUCUUUCCUUUGUUAUGUGUAACAUUCUUGUUGUUUUCUACCGUUUAAUUACAUUGUGUAUUUAUAGUUCUAUGCUUACCAUUGUGCAUAUACUGGCAAUAAAAUGUACAUAACAUUACUUAAAAAAAAAAUUAGCAAUGUAUACAUUCUGUUUUUCUGAUUUAUUUGAUCUCAUGUUAUAAGAAAGGUUAUAAAGUCAUUGAAACAGUAUUGGUUUAAAAAAUAAUCUUCAUGUUUUUGUGUCUAAAUGAUGUUUCUUUAGAUACUCUGUUAGUAAAUCUGACAGCAUUUGAGAACAUGGUGUGAAUAUAGGUAUGCUAGACAAAAAUAGUUUUUGGAAAUUGAAUAGGAUCUUUAUGAAUACCAAAUUUCCUUCAUCUCAGCAGGCUUCUUGUUUGCUGUUUCAUUUAUUUGUACAUUAUGCAUUGCUAGCAUUUUAUUUUUUUAAUAUUUCAAAAAUAUUUUUCAGUUUAAUAUCUUGUAGUUUUACAUUUUGAUUAUAUGAAAUAUCGUUUUAAAAUGGCACAAAUUCUAAGUUUAAUAGUCCCAUAUAUUAUUCCUGCUUUUUCUACAGGUAAUAUUUAUUUUCAAAUGAUCAUUUCAAGAUGACUUUGCUUAGUCAUCUUUUUGAAGAUGUUAUUUCAUACUGAAAAAUAAGUUUAUUGAAACAUACCAUAUAUAUUCUGGAUGGAAGUAAUUUUUUAUCUGUAAACAAAAGUUGGUAAGAAAGAAAUGUUUUUAUCCCCUAUGACUGUAAAGUUUUACUCCAGGGGGAGGAGAGGAGAUAUUUACACAAAGUUUGUCCCUCGGUUACACUUCAAAGACACCUUUAAUUGUUCUAAAUGUGACAUCCCAUCUACUGAAAGUCUAAAUGCAAUAUAUUUAAAUUGAUAUUUUAAUUAUGAUCUGAUUAGUUCUGUUCCCAACAAAGAUGGGGCUGCUGUAUGUGCUUAGAAUUUGUAUUAAAUGAAGCCAUCAGAAUGUAAGAAAUUGCAACAAAAUGUUCUCCGCUGCAGCCAGUUACCAGAUUAGCUGCACUGCUUUUUGCCUUCAUUUCCUAUAUUACAAAUAGACAAAAGCUCAAUUAAAAUUGAGCUGUGAUUAGUCAUGCCUUAUGUUUGUACUGGAGGUGGUUUAUCUUAAAAAAAAAAAACAAAAAAACCCACAACCAUGAAGUCCUGUGAAAAAUCAGGACAAUUCCCGUUGUUCUUUUUCAGAAAGGCUUUCUUAAUAUCCUGUAAAGAUAGGACAUUGCAGUGGUUUGAAUACUGAAAUGUGAUUCUUAAAGGUUGAUUUUGGGCUUAAACGGGAGGAAGAAGGAAAGAAAACUACAUGCAGAAUCAGGAUAGAAAAUGCAUGUCUUGGAUGUCUUGGACUUGGAUGUCUUUUGCUUUAAAUGAUUUUGGGUAAUAUAUUAUGUUCAGCUAAAAUUGGGAUAGUAAAUGUAAAUUGAAAGGAGAGUUGAUCAUGUAAAUUUCCCUGAGUUUGGUUGCUUGUUUGUUUUUAAAGAUAAAUACUGGAACAGA